GUUAACAGUUCAGAAAUCACUUUCAUUAAUUAGUUUAUAAGUUCAACUGAGUUUGAGAACAUAUCACAGAAUGGCAAGCCAAUCAGUUCAUUAUUUCAUAGAUGGGAAGGGAAAUGAUGUGAAACUGGGAGAUUACAAAGGAAAAGUCCUUCUCAUUGUUAAUGUUGCCUCACAAUGUGGGUUGACCAAUUCAAACUACACAGAACUUAAUCAAUUGUAUGACAAAUACAAACAAAAAGGGCUUGAAAUUCUAGCAUUCCCAUGCAAUCAGUUUGGAGCACAGGAACCUGGAAGUAAUGAAGAGAUAGCAAAUUUUGUUUGUACUCGCUUCAAAGCUGAGUUUCCCAUUUUUGACAAGGUGGAUGUGAAUGGUGAGAAUGCUGCUCCACUUUACAAGUUUCUGAAAUCAAGCAAAGGUGGAGAUAAUAUCAGGUGGAACUUCUCCAAAUUUCUUGUUGAUAGAGAAGGCCAUGUUGUUCAUAGUUAUGAACCCACAACUUCUCCUCUUAGCAUUGAGAAAGACAUCAAGAAUCUGCUGUAAGCAUGAAUGAGCAAUGGAGAUUUGCCGCAACAUAUGAAUUGUAAUGAAUAAGAAUUACUCCUUCUUCAUAUUUGUGAAAUAAUUAAAUGUAUUCAUGAUCUAUUCAUAAAUCAUAGUAACUAUCAAUCAAGCCUGAGGCUACUUUUCUUUUGGGGAUAUGCAUGUGACCUCGGAUUCU